GCCGCUCGGAGCUGCGCGAACAUGGCCGAAGUCGGCGAGGACAGCGGCGCCCGCGCCCUGCUGGCGCUGCGCUCGGCUCCCUGCAGCCCCGUGCUGUGCGCCGCGGCGGCCGCCGCCGCCUUCCCGGCCACCGCGUCCCCGCCGCCGCCGGCGCAGCCGCCGCCCGGGCCGCCCGCCCUGCCCGCCGUUCCCGGCCCCGGGCCGGUGCCCUCCACCUCCACCGCCGCCGCCGCCACCACUGCCACCGCCGCCGCGCCCGCCCUGGUGGCCGCGGCCGCUGCCUCCGUGCGCCAGAGCCCCGGGCCGGCCCUGGCGCGCCUGGAGGGCCGGGAGUUCGAGUUCCUGAUGCGACAGCCCAGCGUCACCAUCGGCCGCAACUCGUCUCAGGGCUCCGUGGACCUGAGCAUGGGCCUGUCCAGCUUCAUUUCCCGGCGCCACCUGCAGCUCAGCUUCCAGGAGCCCCACUUCUAUCUUCGCUGCCUCGGCAAGAACGGUGUCUUCGUGGACGGGGCCUUCCAGAGGCGUGGGGCGCCCGCCCUGCAGCUGCCCCAACAAUGCACCUUCCGGUUCCCGAGCACGGCCAUCAAGAUCCAGUUCACGUCCCUGUACCACAAGGAGGAGGCCCCCACCUCCCCGCUGCGGCCACUGUACCCACAGAUCUCCCCACUGAAGAUCCACAUUCCGGAGCCGGACCUCCGGAGCCUGGUCAGCCCCAUCCCUUCCCCGACCGGCACCAUCAGCGUCCCCAACUCCUGCCCAGCCAGUCCUCGAGGAGCUGGGUCUUCCGGGUACCGCUUCGUGCAGAACGUGACCUCAGACCUGCAGCUGGCCGCGGAGUUCGCAGCGAAGGCCGCCUCUGAGCAGCAGGCGGACACAUCUGGCGGGGACAGCCCCAAGGACGAGUCGAAGCCGCCGUACUCCUACGCGCAGCUGAUCGUGCAGGCUAUCUCCUCGGCCCAGGACAGGCAGCUGACCCUAAGCGGCAUCUACGCCCACAUCACCAAACAUUACCCGUACUACAGGACCGCCGACAAGGGCUGGCAGAACUCCAUCCGACACAACCUCUCUCUUAACCGCUACUUUAUCAAAGUCCCUCGGUCCCAGGAGGAGCCUGGGAAGGGCUCUUUUUGGCGAAUAGACCCCGCCUCUGAAGCCAAGCUUGUGGAACAAGCAUUCCGAAAGCGGAGACAGAGAGGUGUCUCCUGCUUCCGCACCCCCUUCGGGCCUCUGUCCUCACGGAGUGCCCCAGCCUCCCCCACCCACCCUGGACUGAUGUCCCCUCGUUCCAGUGGCCUGCAGACCCCAGAGUGCCUGUCUCGGGAGGGCUCCCCCAUUCCACAUGACCCCGACCUGGGGUCGAAGCUAGCCUCUGUUCCCGAGUACCGCUAUUCCCAGAGCGCCCCAGGCUCCCCGGUCAGCGCCCAGCCGGUGAUCAUGGCUGUCCCUCCCCGACCUUCCAACUUAGUGGCCAAGCCUGUCGCCUACAUGCCAGCUUCCAUAGUGACCUCCCAGCAGCCCUCAGGCCACGCCAUCCAUGUGGUGCAGCAGGCCCCCACCGUCACCAUGGUGAGGGUGGUUACCACCUCUGCCAGCUCAGCCAACGGGUACAUCCUGGCUAGCCAGGGCUCAGCCGGGGCCUCCCACGACACAGCAGGCACAGCCGUGUUGGACCUGGGCAGUGAGGCCAGAGGUUUGGAAGAGAAGCCCACCAUAGCGUUUGCCACAAUCCCCGCAGCCAGCCGAGUUAUCCAGACGGUCGCCAGCCAGAUGGCCCCCGGGGUCCCUGGACACACAGUCACCAUCCUACAGCCAGCUACCCCAGUGACCAUCGGGCAGCACCACCUUCCGGUCCGGGCUGUCACUCAGAACGGAAAGCAUACCGUGCCCACGAAUAACUUGACUGGCAACGCUUACGCCCUCACCAGCCCCCUGCAGCUCCUGGCGGCCCAGGCGAGUUCGUCCACGCCAGUGGUCAUCACCCGGGUAUGCGAGGUAGGGCCCGAGGAGCCAGCAGCAGCCGUCUCGGUGGCAGCCGCUGCCACGCCGACCCCAGCCGCCUCCACGACCACAUCUGCCUCUUCCAGCGGGGAGCCCGAGGUCAAGAGGUCCCGGGUAGAGGAGCCCAGUGGGACAGCCGCCCCGCAGCCCACGGCCCUGGCAGCCGCCGGCCCUCAGGGCCCGGGGACCGGCGAGUGAACUGACCGAGGGAAGGUGGAGCAGGACUCACGCCACAGGAGCGCACCGGCGGCUGCACCCACGGACCGACCGGGAGAGAGGCUCACAGCGACCUGCCACACGCACGUGUGUAUGCGACGAGGGUGGCCGCCAUACUCGGACAAUUUCCUUUUUAUCUCCUGUCCUCCCAAGGUUUGAAACAAACACAUAAACACGUUCAGACAACUUGAUUGUACGAAUCUGGGGGUUCUGUGUGUGUUUUUUGCCCCUCCCUCAUGCCAUCGCCUCUCCCCAGUUGUGGGAGAAGGCCUAGCCCAGCUCCUCAGGAACCCAUCCCAGCCAGCACCCACAAGAAGAGCCCGCCCCCAGGACUGGGCAGAAGCGCAGCGCAGACCGAGGCUGCUGUCCCGGGAGCCGGUCCGCAGACUUCCUGUUUCUCUCUGUGGGGAAGAGACCAGAGGACGACGAGACCGUCCCAGCCACAGGCUGGGCCACAGAGCCCACUCCCCAAAAGUGACAGAGCUGCGGCAUUGAUUGGGCUCCCGGAGGUCUGCUUUGGUUUUGGACCCUAAAUAUUUCUUUCAGUUAAACGUGGAAUUUGGCCUCAUCUCAGCCCCGAGACCCGCGGAAGGGGCCGCGUGUCUUUGGAUCCCCGGUGGAAGCCAGCUGAGCGACGACAGGCCCGGGCACACUCCCGGAUAACUCCGAGGACUGGCACGGCUCCCACGCUGAUGUUGCAAAGUGCUUCCGGUGGAGAACCAGCCCAGGGUCAGUGCCUGUGGCGUCCCCUCCCGAAGCCCUGGCCGAGCCCAAAGCCGCAAGCUGCAAUGGAUGUUCCGGAAACCGGGCAGCUCCAGGGGGCGUUGGCCAGCCCCUUGCUCAGCAGGGAGGAUGUGGGCGUGUGCCCUCGGACGACAGCAGCAGGCGCGCCCUGUGUCCCUGGCAGGCAGCGAGGGACUGUGAGGUGUGCUGCUCACCCCCACACACACACACACACAUUCCAGUUUCCUGAGCGCCGGAAGACCUGCCCAGUGUGAACAUGGAGACCCCUCUUCUGCCGAAGCCGGGGUCCAUGACCGUUACCCACGGAGGGGAAACUACCUCUCCGGACAGCUGUUGGUGCCAGGUUUGAUCACAGUGCGGCAAGAACCAAAGUAUGAGGGUCAUGCGAGGACUCGGACUCCCAGGGACGGCCCCUUCGUAUGCCCAGACAAGCCGCCAGCAGCACUUUAACAGGUGCCAGGCCACUUGAGCCGGAGACAGUGAGCGUUUCCCUUGGCCUGGGCAUGAGAGUUGGUUUCGCAGAAGCAGUGGAGGCAGCCGUGCAACAGGAGACUCCGGGAACUCAGCGCUGGUCCUCCUGGAGGGCGGGCCUCCGACUCCAACAGCCGACAGAGCCUGUGAACGAAGAGCAGCGGAUCCCAGCGGCCACAUUCCCAGUGGGGCCUCAGCUGUACAGCCUGCUGGGAGGGAUGGCAGGCUGCGACCUGGAGGCUGUGGUCCUGGGAGGCCGCCAGUCCCCACACACCAGGGAUAAGCGCGGAGCCCGCCUCUCUGGAGCUCGCUUCCAAGCUCCCCAGCCAGUCAGUCAUUUCCGUAGUCCCAAACCUCAAGCUGGAAGGAAGCUGUGCUCUGAAGGCCUCCUGCCGGUUGCCUGGGACAGAGAAGUGGGGCUGGGGAUAGUGGGUGAUAGUGGGUGGGGGAGGGUUUGUGGGUGGAGCUGCCCCUUGGAGUGGGCAAAGGGCUGUCUCCCACAUCUCCUCUUUGUACCUGGCAUGAGCGUGUUCUCUCUGUGUGCCUGGUGUGAGCAUGGGUUUAGAAGAGUACAAAUGAGGUGGGUCUCUGAGUUGCUUUGGGGUCUGAAGUGACAAGGGAUGUUGGUGCCACCUGCUGAUCUUCCGCUCCAUCGCGUUCCCCAUCAUUUACCCCAGGGCUGUGCAUGCUCACCCUCCAAGGCAGAUUAGGAUUGUUUGGGGAUUGUCAUGGGAGGCGCCAUGUGUGGCCCCUGCAUAAAACUGUGGGUCACCGUGCCGUCACAUCUGUCAUCAGGUCCCCUCAGUCCGGCCCGGAACAGUUUGCUCUCCUGGGUCCCGAAACAUCCACCCUCUGUUGCAGACCCUCUUACCUCAGCAUGUGUGCGGAAGGAUGUGGAAGGAAGAGUGGGACACACACUGUCCCAGUGUCCAGCGUGGCCUUAAGGCAGAGGAUCCUGAGCCCCUGGUUGGACAGCCUGAGCUAGAACAGGGGAGGUUAGCCUGGUGCCGCUGCCCCAGGAAGUAGGUUGGCCAUCUAGUGGACAGCAGCCCCGGCUCAGACCCAAAGUAGCCCGUGCUCAGAGCAGGAAUGCACAGCUAGCCGGAACGUGCCCCCGUGAGCUCCGAGCCACCAAGUGGAGAUCAGCUAAGCUGUCUGUGGAAGCCAGAGCUUGGAUCAGGAGCCAGGAGAGUCAUCAUUGUGAGGACUGUGGCUGGGAGCCCUGGGUUCAGGCACAGAUGAGAAGCUGGGAGCCUGUGGCUCAGAGCCCUCAAGGGCCCCCGUCUCUGGCAGGGCUUCAUCGGAGCUUGUCUUGCUUUGUUAAGUGUUCCCUGGUAGACCAGGUGUCUGCUGUCCACACAUCUACUCUCUCUGACUUUUCUUAUCUGGCACUUCCUAGACUCAGAGACUGCAAGCGUGUAAGAAGUCACCAUGGCAACUGGAGGUGGAGAGACCCCUGCCUGCCUUCUCAUGCUGCUCCUUCUCCCUACCCAUCUCCUUCCUCUCUCUCCCUUCCUUCCUCUAUUUCUCCCUUCCUUUUUCUAUUCCUGCCCCCUCCCCCACCUCUUCUAUCUCCCACACACACUCCCUCAGCUUUCAGUCCAGCAUCCAGGGCUCAUAAGCAUGUCUGUCCUUAGCUCUUGGUGCCUUGCCUCUGUGUAAGAUGGGGUGUCCUGCUCACUGUCCAUGAGGAAGUUCUGCAGAUCCUUCCCCUGCACUGUAGGCCCCCACCCCUGUCCCAUGGCUCUCCCUGCCCCUCGCCAGGCUGCCAGGGAUUGAGGUAACAGGCAACCACUCAUCUUCCCUCUGAAAGGGGGAGUGGCCUUCUGCAACACUGUGGGAGAGCUGAAAGUGGUACGCAGGUGACAGGGGCAGUGUCUUCCUUUGUAGAGGUGAGGGGACCCCGCUGCACAGGGAUUAGACAGAGCAAGGUGGGGCUAGGUCAACUCGAGAAGGAAACCGUAGAGACGAGCAGGUGGUGGGGUGGACUGUGGGUUACUAUUCCUCAAGAACCUCACGGUCUGCAUUGCUCGCCCCACCCUGCUCACCCAGCCCGUCUCUCCCCACAUGAACAGCUCAGUGCCUGCUUAGAAUAAUUCAGAAAGGAACAUGAGUCUUUGUUCUAGUGAAAGAUCCCUCAUGUGUGGGGAGCACCAUGCCCAGAUCGCUAUCGGGGAAGUCACAGAUGGCCACAGGGUAGCCCCUUGCUUUGGCUCAGGGUGACAGAGCAGUCACCUGUGUCCUGGCCUCCAGUCUCAGAAUACCUAUGUUUAGAAGCAAUACCUUAAGGGUGAGUUCCAAAGACCGCCACCUCAGAUACCAGCUUCCCCCCAGAGGGGCCUCUCACUGCACUGUGGCUUGGGAAUGAGGGUGGGGUGAAGAACCCCCACACAGAACAGACAGUAGCCAAGGCUCUCCACCUGCCACAGUCCUCUUCCACCUUUCAUCUUGUGGCUUCCCUGCUCCAGGCCUUGGUUCAGGGUGGCUCUUGUCCCACCUACUUGUUGGGCUCUGUUUUCUUGUUGUUAUUUUGUUUUGUUUGCUUUGGUUUUUUUUUUUUUUGUUUUUUGUUUGUUUUUGUUUUUUGUUUUUUGGUCUUGUUUCUUCCUGUGCCAGAGGUUAAACUCAGGGCCUCUCACAUGCUUGCUGAGCUGCACUCCCAGCCCUUUUGAUUUUUUUUUUUUUUUAAGCUUGAGAUGGAGCCGUACAAAGCUGCCCCGGCUGGCCUCGAACUCGUGCUUGAAUUGCAUGAAUUGCUGGGGUGACAGGCCUGUGUACCACCACGGCCUGGUGCUGCUCAUAGUUUGUUUUUUGUACCAAAAGCUGCUACAUCGGUGACACAGAGCAGGGUGUGACCUGGCUGCCCCCACAGACUGGCAUGUGGCACCCGCGUCCUACGGCUUGUGGUUUGAACAAUUUGGGACUGUCCAAGAAACUGUCGUGCUUGGAGUUGCUGCUUCCCUUUCUCUGGUCGCCCCCUGUCGCUAACCCCCUCAGUGACCGCCGCUUUGCUGGUGGACUUUUCUGACCCACCACAGGCGUUUCCUUUGAAGUAAAGCACAGACCCGUUUCACUGACUUUGUUUAGGGGAAAUAGUUUUCUACGUAUGGUUUAAAACACAAAAGCUGUUGGAGUGUUUCUGGCUGCUGGUCCUACCUGCUCCUCUGUUCCUCUUUCCCACCCCCCCGCCCCAGGCUUACCCCCAGCAGGCCCCGGCACUGCUGCUGCAAGGAAUGUUUCAGAGCCACCCUUCAGGGGGUCAGGCACAGCAGCCUGCCUAGGCGUGUCCCACAGAUGAGGCCAGCCACGUGUCCUACCAGAGGCACCACCUGGGCUCGAGGCAGGACAGAGGGUCCCUGAAGUCCCUGAUGGGAGGAAGUGCCCAACCAGAGGGCAGCAUGAGGGGGAGGUGAGCUGGCGGGACUGAAGGCCGAGGGCCGCCGGAGCUGGUGCAGGCAGUGGUAAGGAAAGCAGAUCCCUUAGCGGUCAUUCAGAGGGCUUCAGGCAGCAUGAAAAGCAGCAUGUGUGUUUCUGUACUGGGGCUAAGGCUACCUAGAGCCCCCAGGACCCUUUUCCCCGGCCCUCGUCUACCUCCGGAGCCCUUGCUCCUUGGACUGCUCACAGGGUGACUGGUGUGGAGGAACCUGGGCCCCAGGAGCCAGGAAGAGUCAGGAGUGUGAACAGCCCCUGCAUCUGAAGAGUCGGGAGUGUGAACAGCGACCAGGCAUGGUCCAUAGCCCCUGCAUCUGAAGCUCUUGCUGCCAUUGGAGCAACUGCGGCCCCAUCUCCUGAGUUCCUGGGGCUGGCAUGCCCGCUAGAGCCAGCCCCACGAUCCACCAGGUUCAUCUUCUCUGUCCUGUAUGUAUCCAAAUGGCGCCUUGGCUUCUCAGUCUGAAUUAGCUGGUCCAAGAAUUUUUUUUAUAAUUGGUACAAUUGGGAAUUCAAAAACCUAAUAUUUUUAAUUGGGCCCUUCCCUCCCAUCUUCCCUUCUUAACGCCCUUCCUGGGCGGACGGGCAUCCGAGAUCCCUGAUAUUCCUUAGCGUGAUCCCUGGGUGAGGGCGGGAAGGAGAGGGCAGGCUGUCUUCCAGGUCUCUCCUUGGAUUCUGCUGUGUCCUGGGGGACAGCAGCUGUGCACGUGUGAGGGAGGGGCUAAAGCCAAUAGUGAGGUGGUUCCUUUUCUUAACUGAAUGGUAAUUCUGUAAAAGUAAUGGGGGGAGGGUGUUCAGGGAGUAUGUGUGUGCGCGCAUGUGUGGUUUUGUUUUUGUUUUUUACAGUGGCUGUCUAAAGUAUUUUCAUGACAUGUUUAACACGUAGUGCUUUAAAAGCAGUGGUAUCCUAUGCUGGGAAUCCUACUUCCAGAGAUGGGAUGUGAAAAGGUCCCACCCAGGAGGCGGGGUGAGAAAGGCCUGCGGACCUCGUCCCAAGCAGCACCCCCGGGCGCUCAUUUCAGAUGGGAUACAGUAUUUUUUUAUAACAGAACCAUCCUUUUUUUAAAAAAUGUUUUGACACCUGAAUGUGAUUUCUAACUAUUAUUAGAUGUUCAUGUUUUAAAGCUAUAACAAAGUGGAAAAAUUCUACUUUCUUUUUCAUUCAUUUGAACUGUUCUUUUAUCUAUUCGAUUGUUGUAUGUGGGUGGGGAAGCUCUGUUUUCUCCUCUUAGCGUUUGUUUCUAUAACAAAGAAAUAAAAAUUAUAUAUUAAAGAGA